GUAACGUUACCUCAAAAAUGUACUUAAGUACAGUUGACUUUAGUAAAUGUACUUAGUUACUUUCCAUCACUGGUUAUUUGUCAACUGACUAGUCGAUUAAUUUACUUGUGGUUAAGAGCUCUUCAUUGUCAGAUAAAUUAAAAUGUACCAGAGUCAUGGGGCCUGUGCGGAGGUGGACUCUGACACGGAGGCAGUGGCGGGCAAGGGUUUCAAGCUGGGCUGCAUCUCCUGCAAGAAGAGGAGUGAAGUGAAGGGUGCUGCCAACAUCGAAUGGUACUUCAAGCCCAAAGGAGAGGCUGACUUUUUUCAAAUCUACACCUACAGUGACGGAAGCCCCAUCAUUGAAAGCGAUCAGUUUAUGGACCGUGUGGAUUGGAACGGAAGUAAAAGGAGCAACGACAUCCAAGAUGCGUCCAUAUACCUGCUCAAUGUCACCUUCAAUGACACGGGCACCUACCGCUGCCUCUUCAACCGCGUCCUCUUCUAUGAGAACUACGAGUACAACACUCUGGUCAGCAAGGAUGUCCACCUCACUGUGGUGGCUAAAGCCACCAGAGGUACAGCUUCCAUCGUGUCCGAGGUCAUGAUGUACGUGUCCAUCAUCGGCCUACAGGUCUGGCUCCUCAUAGAGAUGAUUUACUGCUACAGAAAAAUAGCAGCAGCCGGAGAAGAAGCACUACGGGAAGCCGCAAAUGCUGAAUAUUUAGCGAUCGCCUCGGAAAGUAAAGAUAACUGCGCAGGGGUUCAAGUUGGAGAAUAGCAAAGGCUUUUUACAUGGACUGAAAACAUCCCUCCACCUUCUGACCUGCAUGAGACCAACUUGGGGGAAAAAAAAAAAAAAAAACUCCUUUCCAUCUCAACUCUCUAUUUUACCUUUUCCUUGAUAAAGGUCACAAAUGAAUAUGAAGUACAAAGAGAGCAUGGUACCAGCACUGUAUAUAGUAUACUGCGCGCAAAAGCAUGUUCUGCACUUAUGUGAGAAAAACCAUUAUGCAUUAAUGAGCCACAUUGUCGAAAGCAUACACUUUACAUACAGUAUUUCUUUUAAGUAUUAUGUAGUCAUACAUUUAUAUAAAAUUCACUAAUACAACGGGAGUCUGUUGGACUUUAUGAGAGUGAUUGUCAAAGAAAGAUUUUUACUAAAUCAUCACUACCUUAUGUAUAAAUAAUGAGACACACAACAUGUAUGGUAAGGUUAUAUAUAAAAUAGAACAUGGUGGACUAUGAUAGACCGUCUUUCCAGUUUAACUGCUAGUACAUUCAAUGAAACCUUAAGAUGUACUAAUAAAAACUGAGAAAACACAUGUGAUUGAGUGGUCUGGUGUUGAUGGUAAUAACACAUCUGCAUAGACAUUUUGCUGAUUUGUCUGAUUCAUAUUUUAGAAACAAGUGACAACAACGCAGGUUCCUUCCAAUCAAUAUUUUUUAUUUCACUGUAGCUGCAGCACUCUCACAUUAAGAUCUAUUGUAACACGUCAUCGGAUUCACACCCACUACCACCACACAGUCAAUGGGAACCAAUCAAAUUCCCAGAUUUACAA